AAAAAAGUCCCCAAAUUCUUACCUAACUAGUUUUUCUCAGUCCUAUUUCUCCUUUAGAUUCUUAUUUGGCUUUCUGUCAUACUGCAAAUAUUCUGCAAGUAGUAUCACCCGCAAUUUGUUAAUAGUAUAUAUAAAAGUAUUGGUAGGAAGUAGGCUGAGAUCUACAGCCAGUGUUUCAAAUGUCUGUGCUGUUUGUGUGUUUGAAAUGUCUUUAACUUUAGGUAGCAUACAUUAACUUUUCAGGAUGAUAUUAAAAUGAAAACUAAACCAAACGUGUUUAUGGCUUGUCUGCUGUUGGUCUGAUUAGUUCAGCUGUGUCACUGAUGAAUUUGUUAAAGGUGUUUUCUGCUUAGAAUCAACUUUCCAGUAUCUAGUUUAGUGGGUGAGCUAGGAACACUGAGUAAUGAGAAAAAUCAGGACAUACAAGUACUAUUGAGUGUACUGGAAAGCCAAAUGCAGGCACAGGCAGUGGUUCUGCACAGGUUCAGAUUUGGGUCCAGCUCAGUUCAUGUCUCGAUGAGCCCUGGAGUGAGUCUUUCGGAGCUGUUUAUUUAAAUUAUACUUUCCAGUUUUCUGGUUUGUAGGAAGCAUGAUAACUCAUCUGCUGUGCAGAUCUUGCAUUGUUCUGUGCAUUCAUACAGCACGUGCUUGAGAUUAAAAAAACCCACCUGCAGUCUGGAGUGUUGUUCAGGACUGCCUGAAUCUGAGAGCAUACGAGCUCAGCCAAAGUUAGUAGGUCUGAUUGAUUAGGUUGGCUCCAUGUGGAAUUAGCUUAAAUGUCAGUUCGCUACUCUCCCAUAUCAAGAAAUUUGGCUCAGAAAAAACAACCUGGCUGUGAAAGAAGGUGCCUUAACUCUACAGGAGCAGCAAAGCAGCCUCUGGGCUAGAGCUGCCUGGAUGCAGGAUACCUGUGUUCAUAUGUUGUAGCACCCAAGUUAAUAAACCCACCCAGAUACAGAGCAGGCUUUGCCUAGAGCCAAAGUGGUAUUUCUGCAGCUGCACCACAACUAUGAUAGUCAAAUUAAAGUGUCCCUGGCUAUAUAUAUGCAACAAAUACUCAGAGGCAGAACAAACCUUUUAAGUUUAGUACUACAUUCAUUGCAUACUGCAGUUGAUGUAAACAUUUUCUAGAAAUGUGUUUAUAUUGAUCUAAUUCAGCGUAUUUCAUACUUGCUCUGUGCUGUUGCAACAGCAUAGAAAUAAGAGCUAAGCUGAAACAUACAUGCCAUUUAAUAUAUUUUUUGUUAACAGGCAUGGAUGGUCAGAAGCGCUUGCAGGUAUCAAAAGCCCCCAUGUAAAAUACAUUUGCCCACAUGCGCCAGUUAUGCCAGUUUCUUUGAACAUGAACAUGGCUAUGCCAUCAUGGUUUGAUAUCAUUGGACUUUCUCCAGAUUCACAAGAAGAUGAAGUUGGGAUCAAGCAGGCAGCGGAGAAUGUUAAAGCACUGAUAGAUCAAGAAGUAAAAAAUGGAAUUCCUUCUAAUCGAAUUAUUCUGGGAGGCUUUUCUCAGGGAGGUGCUUUAUCAUUGUAUACAGCUCUUACAACACAACAAAAAUUAGCAGGUGUUGUAGCCCUCAGCUGUUGGCUUCCUCUACGGGCUUCUUUUCCUCAGGGCCCUAUCAGUGGUGUCAACAAGGAGAUUGCUGUUCUUCAGUGCCAUGGAGACUGUGACCCAUUGGUUCCUUUAAUGUUUGGUUCUCUCACUGUUGAGAAGCUAAAGAGUAUGAUAAAUCCAGCCAACAUAACCUUCAGGACUUACUCUGGCAUGAUGCAUAGCUCAUGUAUUGAGGAGAUGAUGGAUGUAAAACAGUUCAUAGACAAACAUCUACCUCCUGUAGACUGAAAUGAUAUGUGAGAAGCCUUCUAUACACCAGCAUCAACUGUGAUCAGUAUAGCCUAGGAAUAUGAAGACCUACUAUGGGAAAAAAAUCUACAAGAUACAGAAUGUCUCUUCUUUCAGAAGCUUAAAAUUCUAGAACUCACUGGGUUACAGAAACUGAUGCACACUGAGAGCUUUUUGCAGUUAAGAGCCAUAAGAGCCAUACUUUACUUCUGGGAACAGCUGUUCUUCUGUAGAGUUCAGAGGCUGUCACCACACUAGGAAUGUUUAAAAAAAUGCACUACAGUUUUUACUGCGUAAUAUGCUGCAUAACAAUGCUCUAUUCUAUAUGUUUGCAAGCAAAGAAUAUUCCUAUUUUGGAUGCCUCUGUCAUGUCAGCACUGUGCUUCAUACCUGCAUUUAAGGUACUUUCUCCUAUCCCAGCUUAAUCAAGUGGUCCUCCUACAGUAUAUAUGGUUUUAUAUCCAAGGCAUCUGCCAAUACAAAUGCAUAAAUGGGGAAUUAUGCCUUUAUAUCCUUUCUUUAACACAGCUGCUGCCAGAAAUCUGACUUGUUCACCUAGUGCAAGUUCUCAGUUUACAGUACUUUUUUUCAUAUGUAUCCCACUUCAUUUUUAGGAAGCUGUUUUUCUUUUCUAAUCCAGUUUCUCUAGAUUAUUAAACAUCUCUUAAUAUGUAAAAUUGAAAAGGAGUUUUUUUCUAAAUAGUAUUGAAACACUUUUAGAUAUUCCAUCUGUGUGUUUGAGAGGGCAUGUCUAUUAACUUUGAAGUUUAAUUAGUCUUUUCACUCAGUCACUCUGUUCUAUAGAUCUGCCAAUUUGUCUUUCAGCUAAUUUAGUUCACAGAAGGAACCAUAAUAUUCUUAUUGUAGUUGUGCCAAAGUUCUUUUAAGAAAACAGUGUGUCCUAGCUUGGAGUCAUUCCCAAAUUGCAUUAGCUAAUUUUGCAGUCCUGCUGAAUUGCAAACUUGGUAAGCAAACUAUAUGUUAUUUCUGCUAGUUUUUAGACUUAUCCUCAUUCCCCUGUUGUCUAAAUAAUUCCCUGAAUAUUGGCAUGCUUCCAAAGUUCUUGCACAAGCUUCUAAUUUUUCCUUUGUUAUUUUCUUGUUCUGUUUGUAAGUUGUUUGAUAAUGCUGUUCAGCUGUCUUGUUCAACUUCUAAUUGACUGUGUCCUCAUUUCACAUAUUCUUUCUUCUGUUAGAAUGAGUUUAAAAAAAUAUUUCUAAGAUGUUAAGAUGAGAUCAGUCCUAGCUUUAUUCUGUGUUAGCUUCAUAACAGAUUCUUCAGUUUGGUGAACUGGGUUCACAGCUUGUGGUCAGUUUCCAGUACUUAAGCAUUUUAAUCCAGGCCAGAUUCAACUGCCAUCUCCAUGAUGCUUUCAGAUGUUUUUUCGAAAUGCUUUAUGUGCUAAAUUUGUUGAAAUUUUCAGCUGUCAUAACAAGAUUUUUUUUUCAUACUGUUGUUUUGCUGCUUGCUUUAUUUACAAAGAGCUGUGUUACCAAAGUAAACGUAAGUGAAUGUUGUGACUUGCUCUGAAUUUCUGUAUUCUAGGAAGAAUUCCCCUCAAGUGUUGGUUUUUUUUGCAGGAGUGUAUGUGUAUGUUGUAGUUGGGGGUUGUUAAACAGCCCAGAAGCUAGAGCAAACUUCAAGGUUGUAUCCUGUUUCUUCCCAUAUUACAGCAUGUAUCUUGAGCUCCUGUCUUCUGUAACUUCCCAGCUGGUUGGAAAGCUGUGUGUAUGAUCUUGUAGCUGAACUUCUUCACUACCUGAAGUGAUUUUGUGCUGGGAUUGUUGUUAUAAAUGCUUGUAUUUUUAGGCUGAAUGAUAGCUCAGUCUGGUGUGGGGAUUUUCAUAAUGCUCUGUUACAACGGAGAAGUUGGACUGUCAGUGUUCUAAAUGUGAAUGUCCUAGCCUCAUAAACUACAACUUGAAACUGUCCAAUAAUAAAGUUUAUUUUUUGUAAUGUUAGACUUUCCCCAAAAGGAGAUGAUGUCUGUCAAACCUGCGAAAGCAUUGAUACGAAAAUACUGUGCUUGCAGAUCAGUUUGUUUCAGUGGGUAUCUAACUCCCUAAUGUGUUUUUAAUUUCAAAAUGGUACUUCAAUUUGACUGCAGUUUUGUGCAGUCUGACUUCUUGUUGGAAUAUGUUGCCCACUUUUUAAAAAACAUGUUGACUUAUGUAUUAUAAGCCAAAUCUUCCAGCUAUUCUUGAGAUAAACCUGUACUGGGGUCUGUACUGAGGUGAGGGCUGUAUGAUUUGGUCUCUUCCUCCUAUCUUGUAUAAUUACAACACAGUAGAUUGGUAAAAGUACUGUACACUGUAACUGGUAUUAGAACUAAUUAAAACAUGUUCUCUCUAA